AUGGCUGAAUGGAUAGGAAGGCAAAAAGAAAUGAAUUUAAAAAUAUGUCUGAAUAACUUAAGAAGAAAGAAACUCACAAUAAAGAACGAGGAAGAAGAGAGAAGAGAAAGAAGAUGGAGGAAGAGGAAAGUUGGGAGCGGUCCGAAGGCGUGUGGGGCUAUACUGCAAUGA